AUGCCGCACCUGAAGCUUCGUGAUGGAGCAGAACUCUUCUACAAGGAUUGGGGAAAUCCCAGAGGACCAAUCGUAACCUUCUCCCACGGCUGGCCCUUGAGCAGUGACAACUGGGAACAACAAAUGAUGUACCUCGGUGAACAUGGUUACAGGGUUAUUGCACACGAUCGCCGUGGCCAUGGACGAUCAACUCAGACCUGGGACGGAAACAACAUGGACACCUUUGUCGACGACUUAGAGGAACUUUUCGCGCAUCUCAAGGUGCAAGAUGCGGUCAUGGUUGGCCAUUCUCAUGGAGGAGGAGAGGUCACCCAUUAUCUUAGAAAACACGGCACUAAGCGCUUCAAAAAGGCUGUUUUAGUCGGCGCCGUACCUCCUCUGAUGGUGAAGAGUAGCGGCAACCCGGAAGGAACAGAUAAGUCGGUUUUCGAUUCUUUCCGGCAGGCCAUGCGUCAAGACCGCGCGCAGUUCUUUUUGGAUGUUCCCAGCGGACCAUUCUUCGGUUUCAACCGACCUGGAGCAAAGAAAAGCGAAGGACAGAUUCGUAGCUGGUGGCAGCAGGGGAUGAACACCAGCUUCAAGUCCGCGUAUGACUCGAUCAAGGAUUUUUCUGAAACGGACUUCUCGGAAGAUCUGAAGAGAAUCAAUAUACCAGUACUGGUUCUACAUGGGGACGACGAUCAGGUGGUUCCCAUUGAGGCAGCGGGACUGAAGUCAGCAAAACUUCUUCCCCAAGGAAAACUGAAGAUUUACAAAGGCGGAUCCCAUGCCAUUCACAAUAUUAAUGUUGAUGAAGUCAAUCAAGACCUGCUUGACUUUAUUAAAUCCUAA